CGACGACGAAACGGCAAAUUUGCUUCUUGUGAACCAUGCCGGAAGGACAAGGUACGCUGCGACCACGGAAUCCCCGUGUGCUCGCGCUGCUUCCAACGGGAUACGGCAACACGCUGCUUCUAUCAUCCUGCACCUUUGACGCGCAAGCUACAGGACCAACAAGAAGCCACGACAGACGUGAUCGCGGUCGAAGGACCGAAUCGAGAACCGUCGCCCUUCAAAGCGUCUGCGUGUAACCCUGAGAUUGAGACACCGCUUCCUGCAGGGUAUCUGGGGCCGACCAGUUUUCUCGAUGCGUUUGCAGAGACUCGGGAUACCGACAACCAGCCGCCCACGGCCACCCAGACCGAGGCCGCAGAAGCACUGCCCGCCUACUGGGCACACAAAGUAGCCGAGAUUCUCCGCUGGCUGAAGGAACUGCCCAUUAUCGAGCACUUGGUGCAUGAGUAUUACCGACUCAGCCAGUCCGCCGCCAUACCCGCCCCGUUUAUCCUGAACGCAUUAGCCUCCUUGUUAGGGGACACUGCAUCAGCCACGUCCGUUCUCCACAACACCAGCAAGCGCUUGGUGAUUCCACCGACAACAGAGGGUAGUGAAUUUCAUGAGCUUUUCACCGGUCGCCAUCUUCGACUCGAGAUCAUCGCCAUUAUUGGUGCCAUCGCCGGCAAAGCUAGCUGCUUCGCGCUGGCCCACGGCAAGGUGUCCAGACAUUUCGGCCCAGACUACCAGGCCCGUUUCCCUCGAAGAAUGAUGACGAUGUGUGACACGGUCCUCGAGGUCUGUCGGUUCCUUACACCGACCAAUGAUUUGACCGUGUGGCUACAGCACGAGAGCUUGCUUCUGUCUGGCUUGCUGCAUGGUGAUACAAGCUCUACAACUUGGCACCGACUCGGCGAACUCUCCACCACCCUCUUCGAGCUCGGUCUCCACCGCGAAUCCAACGAUCUCCCCAUCUUUCUCGCCGAAACUCGACGACGAAUAUUCGCCGCCGCGUACCAGCUCGACAAGACGGUCGCCACUUUCCUCGGUCGACCCCCGCGUAUCUCCAUCCGCCACUCUGAUUGCAAGCCGCCACUCGAUCUCGCGGACGAGAUCCUCACAUCCGACAGCGCACACCUACAACUCAUUACCAAGACGCUGGACGAGAGCGGAUGGAGCCUCCAAGAGCCCCCGGUCUUCCAGCGAGCAUCCUGGAUCCGCGUACGGUUCGAGCUCGGCACCCUCCGCGAGGAAAUUCUCGAACUGUCUCUCCGCCCACCCAGCGCCGACACCGCCGCACAAUUAAGAGACAUCUCCCUCCGCUCCGAAAAAACCUGGUCCUCCCUGCCGAAACACCUACGAUCCUCUGCAGCUGCAUGGAGGGAACCAGGCAUCCUCUCCGUGAGCGCGCGCCUCAUGCUAACGGUCGCCCACCUGGCGCACCUAUACGAUGAAUUUCUCGUGCAGAGGCUGCUUCUACGCGAAGACAGUCAAGCACAGGGUGCACUGCUGAAGGUCAGCGCGCAAAUCCUCUCGACGGUGUUGACGCUAGGAACAUACGGGGAGGCUGCCACGGUGGACUUGCGCCGUGAUUUUAUUUGGGCUGUCCUACUCUACGGCUUUCCCAGCGCAAGUGUGCUAGUGAAAGCACUGCAGACCCAGAGCCGAACUGGCCAACCGCUUCCCUAUGUCUAUGCCGGAUCGCGAGCGGCGCUGAUCCGCGACCUCAGCGUCUUCCUGUCACAUCUGGAAUCCAUCGCGAAGACAGACAAGGUGCAUGGGCUACUGUGUGAGCGCACGAGCAAAGCACUCUUGCAGAUUUUGGACGAGGUGUUGGAA